AUGUCUGAACCCGUUUACCGCGAUUGGAUUUUGGACACUAUUGACUCACUGCGGUCGCGAAAAGCCAGACCAGACCUUGAAAGAAUUUGUCGAAUGGUCCGGAGACGACAUGGAUCGGCGCCAGAACGAACCAGCGAGGAACUCGAGAAACUGAUCCAAGAGCAAACAGUCUUGAAAGUUAACUACAAGGGCUCGAUUUCGUAUCGAAAUGCAGCCAAAGUAGUCAGAAGAAGCAGGAAAAAGGAUGAUCACACGACCAAAACAACUGCGGUGGAAGAAGCUAACCACUCCGAUUUGAGCAACGGGGACAGCGCACUCGUACCCAUUGACCAGGAUGAGACCGAGAAUUUGGAGGUAACGCAAGGCAGCCUGUUUCAGUGACCCCGUGCCGUGACACACCGUCCAUCUUCCCCAGAGAAGAUAACAGACCCACGUCCUCACUAUUAUACUGAGUAGACCGGCAUAUGGUGUAGCUAGGAAAAUGGUGUUGUAAAGCGGGAUUCUCUAUUCAGGGAGGGGUGGCGUGAUGAAUGCAAGUGCACCGAAACAAACUGCCGCAGACGGGGAGCGGCUGUAGCUACCUCGCGCGACCGAGGUGAAAAAUAGCCUACCAAUAACAAUGGAAGCUGCGCUUGCAGUAAUAAUACAAAAAAGAGGUUGUGUGUAGAAGUGAGUUUGUCUGGGCGCUAAAGCUGUAGAGCAAACAACGACAAAAAAAAAACUUGCACGAUUAACAGCAUUAGCAACAACCACAGCCUACCAGCGGAAGGCUCUUUUCAAGCACAAACUCGGCUUUGCAGUGAAGGGGGGCCGAAGCGAAAGUCACAUACCUCGGAUGUGCGUGACCGAAUGGGGGACCGUGUGCUCGGGGUAUUUCACGAAGGGGGUGACAGUCGAUGUAUUCAUAAGUAACACGCUGCUAGAUAUGAAGCCGCGAGUUUAAUGGGUUUCGCGAGCGUCUGUCGCAGGAAAAAAUUACCCAAAGUCAAAGUAACCCUACUGAAGGUAUUGCUGCUAUAUCGGGAGCUUCGUGGCUAGAAUCGGCCACACCAUGGACUAGAUUCAGGAGCGCUCUAUCUGACUGAAGUGGGAAGUCUUUCGCGCGACUCCUCCAUUGCGCACUUUUACAUUAAAAUGGGAGAAAAUGGUGACGUUGUCCACGCUCUGUUCCUGUAGUUUAUUAUAUAUCCACAAGAAAAAGUAGCAGAUUGCGUCAAGUAUUAUUUUUUGGGCCAAUAUAUAUAAUUAAAACGAUUAUUGACAGAUCCAAAUAGCCUAUUCUGCAUAUCCAAAUAAUGGAGCUCAUGAUUAAGCGUCAAAAUAUUUUAAUGGUAGUUAGGCCUGUUCUUCAAUUAAAGUUAUUUUAUAAUGUCUGACUCAAGCGCCUCUGAGGUGCGGGGCGGCCUCUGCUGAGUUGAGCGCUCGUACUCGCGCCUCCGCUAGUUGUAGCUUUGGACACGCACACAGGCUGAAUAACCUCAUUUCUGCGCUUAUAUACAGUCAUCGACGACAAAGCGAGUGAAAUAAACCCUGUGCAUAUGUGAAUAACACUUCUAAACUUAUAUGUGGCCCAUAUUAAGCUAUAUUGGAAUGAGUAAUUGUGGUUGGAUACCGAACACAAUGUGGACGAAUAGCGCAGCUGUAGUUCCGAACGGAGUGAACAUCCUGUGUGCUCUACGGGGACAAGGCCUCCAAAGGCAAUUAUUGUCGACAGCGGUCAAAUGAAGACUGGUUAUUGCGACGUCUGUAUGAGCGUGGCUUUAUGUCAUGUCUCCUUCAAUCAGGAGUCGACUCGCGCUAACGCACACCAUGUGGGCUGAAACACAUUUUCAACCCGCUGAUUACAGUUUAUGGCACGCUCGUGAGUUUCUCCUUUCUGGUGUAGGCCUAGCUGCGUUCAAAAUGAAUUAAUGAUUGUCUGACUGCUGCUCUAGCGAAAGGUCAGAAGAAAAUGUGUAGGUAUCAUGGCGCAGUUUACAUGAUAUUCAUUGUAAAUUAGAUAUUUUAAGUAAAGAAUGCCAGAAUACACUUCUAUCCAAUCAUUAACUUACAGGACAAACGGGGGCCACUCUCUCCCCACUAGUCCCCUCCCCCUCCAGUGGCCUGCUGUCCCUUCCCCCUCCCUUGCCUGAGUAGGCUAUGUUGCUUCUCCUGCUGUACUUAUCACUACCAGCAGAGCUGUUGUUGGCUUAGUUGAUCUAAACGGGUCAAUAUAUUAGGGUUGUAGACUAGCCUAUAGGCUGUUUUGCUGUCAAUCAGAUUGACACUCCCACUUUAUUGUUAAUUUAUGAGAAAUGAUCUGAAUUAAUAUUCUCUGCCAGUAUUGAGAAGAUCAGUUGUCCUUCUGUUACACCCAAGAAAGUUAUUAAUACAUUAAGCACCUGAUUAAUGUCAGUGAUGUAGUAACCAACUGAUCUUUCUUGUUCACAAUAUAAAGUGGGGUGGAUCAUUUUGGGGGAGUACGAUUAGAAUGUUCUAAACGGAUAGUGAAUCUGUUCAAAUUCUUAUGCUGCAAUGGUUGUGUUCCAGGAUGAGAUGCCAGUGUCAAUGGAGACAGACAGCACCAUGGAGGAGGAGGAGGAAGAGGAGGGGGCUGAUGAAGAUGGCCACGAGGGCUCCUCUCCCUCUCCUGGGGGUGAGAAAGCUGUGCAGGGGGGGUCUGGCGCUGCCCACCCCUACUCUGCCCCCUGCUCCCCCAGCGGCUCCCACCCUGGCCCAAGCCCAAGCCCUGUGUCUGACCACCCCUCUGCCUGCAAGACUAGUAGGAGGUCCAGCUCUCUGUCCCCCUCUAGUCCCCUGGCCCUCAGGCAAAAUGAGUGUGUGUGUGACUCUGCCUUCUGCCCCUGCUGAGCAUGGACCCUCAGGGAUGCAGAGAAACACAGGAACUGGUUAGUAUGCUGUAUUAACAGAUCAUACUAUGUGUACAAGUGUAGCCGAUGUGGAAUGGCUAGCUAGUUAGCUGUACAGCCCAGUGGUGACAUCACCCGCUCUGAGACCUAGAAGUAGUCUAGUUGUUUCCCUUGCUCUGCACUGGCCAUGGUGUCUGUGGAGCAAUGGGUAACAGCUUUGUGAGUGCGUUGUGUUGUUGGGAACAGAAGAUUGCUGGUUCAAGCCCAGUAAGGGACAGACAGAAUCUACCAUGUUACUCAUGUUUUGGAGAAAACACUAACAUUUAAUUGUGCUUGCCGUAGUGUCUUAAUGCUGGGUAGUGACUGAGUGUUUUAGGAGUAGGUUUGUAUUGUAGCGACUAGCAAUGAGUUACAGUAUAGUGAGUGAGUAAGCAUCCAAUGCCAGGAGACAGUUUCAAGCUGAUGUGUGUGUUUAUGCCGAUGUAUGACUGGGCAUCUCUCUCUCUCGCUCUUCUCUCCCCCCCCCCCCCCCCCCCCCCCCCCCUUCAGGGGCUUUAAAGACGAUAGUACAGCCAUCGGGGACCUGUCCAUGGGUUCAGAAGAGCUUGGUGAAGAGAGAGAGAGAGGAUGGGGUGAGGAUGGAGGAGAGUGGUCUCACUUCUGACCAACUGGUUCCUGACUGUGUGGAUGAGACCAUGAAGGGUUCUGACAGACGGCCAAAGACGUUGUCUUUUCCCUCUGACGACUGUGAGUUUUCUCUUCUGUUCUAUGUCAAUUUCUCAUAUUAGUUUCUCAUAUUUCUAUUUUUCUCAUGUGUUCCCAGUGAGGAUGUUUAGGAUAUGAGAGACAUUCUGUUUACCGGCCACUGUAUCUAUUACAGUUGCUAAAUACAAGAAGGGGAUGGACGUUGCCUCUUACGUGAUGGCUCAAGACGAUGUCAAGAACGAUUUUAAAAACGGAGAAGUGUGAGUCGCUUAAUGUUUUUGACACCAUCUUGUACUCAGGGGACACUCACUGCAUCCUUACUAGAGCUUUGGUGCACUAAGUUAACCUAUUACAUGUUAGUUACAUUGUUGUUAAGCCUCCCACCCCAAAAUACACCAACUCACUUCAAUGUAGACAUCAUACAGAAAUAACCAAGGUACACCAACAGCCUCAAAUAGCACACUGUACAAAUCCCUUCAAACGAAACAACGUCAACAAAAGGACACAUUUGUUGUGUUUUGUCUGCAGUGUCUCACGCUAUCUCCCCCAUCCUCUACCCCACAGCUCUGUGAAGAAGGAGACGACGAGGCAGAACUUAUUGCUGUGGAGCGUGGCGGACGUGGCCACCUACUUCUCUGCUGCAGGCUUUCCAGAGCAGGCUGUAGCUUUCAGAACACAGGUAAGUGCAGUCCCUCAAACUGCCACACAGGGGCAGUAUCUGUACACUCAGACAACCACUCAGACCGAAUCCCUGUCCAGAGACAGCCUCUAGCUAGCCAGAGACAGCCCCCAGGCACUCCUGGAGAUGUGAAAGUGUUGGGUAUAUUAUAAUCAAUAUGGUGAACAGUCCACGUCGCCCAUCAGUAGACAAGGUGAAGAUUUGACGUUAUUGCAUUGCAGUACCACCUAUCCAAUCCUUAGUAAUCUGUAUGAAGUGAAGGUCCUAUGGGCUAGUGCAGUGACACUCUAAUGGCAGCCUGUGGGGUGUCCACACAGACCCGUGGCCCCCGACCUCCUGUUGACUUCUAAAAAUGGCCAUUGUGUAAAAUGUAUUUGAGUAUCCCUGGGCUGGUGGUUGUUUCUUGACCUGGGUAAAUGGCUUGGGCAAAUAGUAAGUUAAAUGAUAUGAAAGCAUACAUGAAAUAUAUGCAUGACAUUUGCAUUGCUUUCAUUAGAAUAUAUGAAUGUGCUCAUCCAUAAACCAAAGCAACAGAUCCUGUACCCCCUAGACUAGGAUGCAUUUGCUUUGAUGUAACUAGUUCACACCCCAAUCCACAUUUAGAUGUUAGUUCAAUCACUCCAUCUGUUCUCCCCCCAACAGGAAAUUGAUGGAAAGUCCCUGCUCCUGAUGCAGCGCAGUGACGUGUUGACUGGCCUGUCCAUCAGACUUGGGCCCGCCCUAAAGAUCUACGAGCGCCACGUGAAGGUGCUGCAGAGGACCCACUUCCUGGAUGAGGAGGACGAUCUCUGA